UGAAGGCUAGGUGGGGCUUGGAGUGGCAGCUCAUGAUUGUAAUGGUGAUGUUUUGUUUGUUGUACAAAGACCAAUAUAACCCUUGAUAAGUUUAUCAAAAAGAUUAAAAAUAAUUUCAUUUCAGUUAAAUAAGUUCAAUUCAGUAAAAAUAAUUUCAGUUCAAUAAAGAUAAGUUACGUUCAGACACCCAAUUCAUCAUCUCCCCCGUAUAAAUUUACAUCAGCUCCAUACGACAACACUGAUUACUCUUCACAAUAUUCUAAAUUGAAUCUCACAAACACCCAAUUCAGACACCAAUUUUCGUCUCCCAAAAUUCAAUCCAAUUUCCUCAAGAUCAUUAAAAUAUUUCAUCCAAAAAAAAAAAAAAAACUUUUGAAUGAAAAAUCGUCGUAAAUUUUGAUCCAGAAAACAAAUCUGUAACUUGAGUAUUACACAUUUAUACUACACCCAAAUCAAAGCUGUUUUUCGAUUUCCCCUUUAUCAUUUGUUUAACGAGCAUGUCGAAAUCUUUGCCUUACUCCAUGAAAGAUGUUGAAUAUGAUAAUGCUAAGUUUCGGCAACGCUCUUUCACUAAGGUUCUUAACCAGACAAUGCUGACCAAGGAUGUUAAACGUAAAUGUCUGGGAUGCAGCACUGGGAAGUUUCUGGUGAUAAUUAUGCUUUUUGGCCUUGCUUAUCUCAUUUUGAGACAACCAACACAUGCUGUUUCUUCCCACGGGAUAAAGGAUAAAGCCAAUGUUACAGUGAACACUAGUACCCGACUGAGGAGAGUAUUUAGAAAACCACCAAGGCUACCCCCUCGAUUAACACCUGAUGAGAUGCAUACUAAUAAUAAAUCUGUCCAUCAGCUAGAUGCAGACACAUCAAAAUGGAUGGGAAAACAGCAGCAAGUUAAAGGGGCUUUUAUUCAUGCAUGGUCUGGUUACAAAAAGUAUGCAAUGGGUUUUGAUGAACUUAUGCCAUUAAGUAAGAGGGGAAUAGAUGGUUUAGGUGGUCUUGGUGCAACAGUUGUGGAUGCUCUGGAUACAGCCAUGAUAAUGGGUGUAGAGGAUAUUGUUAAUGAAGCUGGAUCUUGGAUUGAAACUCACCUUGCAGAAAGGAUCAGUCAGAAAGGCCAGGUUAAUUUGUUUGAAACUACAAUACGUGUUUUAGGUGGUCUUCUAAGCGCUUAUCAUUUAAGUGGUGGAGCUAAUUUAUCAUCUCCAUCUGUGGGGCCAAAACCAAGUGCAUAUCUCAAAACUGCAACAAUCUUAGCUGAUAGGUUGCUUACUGCUUUUACCUCUAGCCCAACUCCCAUUCCCUUUAGUGAUGUUAUACUGCGUGACAACACGGCACAUGCUGCCCCUGAUGGAUUAAGUAGUACAUCAGAAGCUUCUACACUACAACUUGAAUUCAAUUAUCUCAGCGAUGUACUGGGUGACCAAAAGUAUAGCUUGGAAGCAAUGAAGGUAUUGGAGCACAUGAAGACUCUACCAAAGGUAGAAGGGCUAGUCCCUAUUUAUAUAAGUCCUCAAACAGGUGAAUUUAGUGGAGAAAAUAUUAGACUGGGAUCACGUGGCGACAGCUAUUAUGAAUAUCUAUUGAAAGUUUGGCUGCAACAGGGAGCAAGUCAAAGCAGAAAUUUAACAUAUUUACAUGAUAUGUAUGAAGAGGCUAUGAAGGGUGUUAGACACCUCCUUGUCCGAAAAUCAAUCCCAAAUGGGAUUGUUUUUGUUGGGGAGUUACCUUAUGGAGCCAGUGGUUCUUUCAGUCCUAAGAUGGAUCAUCUGGUGUGUUUUCUUCCGGGCACUCUUGCUCUUGGUGCCACCAAAGGCAUGACUAAGUCAAAAGCUAUGAAAGAGAACUUGCUAAGCUCUGAGGACCUGGAAAAUUUAAGGCUUGCUGAAGACCUUGUUAAGACUUGUGUUGAAACGUAUUUCGUAACUUCCACUGGUCUUGCUCCAGAAAUUGUUUAUUUUCAUGUGGAGAAUUACUUUGAAGAAGGGUUUGAUGGUGGAAACAAGAGUUCAAAAUUUCUGAAUGACAUAAUUAUCAAGCCUGCUGACCGUCACAAUCUGUUACGUCCUGAAACAGUGGAAUCCUUGUUUGUCUUGUACCGCAUAACAGAAGAUCCAAAGUACCGUGAAUGGGGAUGGCAGAUAUUUGAGGCGUUUGAGAAAUAUACAAAGGUUGAUUCUGGCGGGUAUACUUCUCUUGAUGACGUGACUUCUCUUCCUCCUCAUAAAAGAGACAAGAUGGAAACCUUUUUCUUGGGUGAGACACUGAAGUAUCUAUACUUACUGUUUGGAGACAGCAAUAUCGUUCCACUAGACAAAUAUGUUUUUAACACAGAGGCACAUCCUAUUCCUAUUAAUGCUUCUGUCAAAAGGCAGUGAUGCAUGAUGAGUUUAUAUGGUGGAUAAAGAAGCAUUUGACCUUGCUGCGAAAUAUGGUAUGCAUGGAUCUAGCGCUUACAAUUGGCCUAUUGUUUAUUCUUGCAAAUUCUCAAAUACUUCUUUUUGCUCACUACUGAACAAUCUAUUGACGGUAAUUUCAAGUGAAACGUGAGCCUGUCUAUCCCAUGCAACGGAGGGCAGAUUUACACUGGUAGCUGCUGAUUAAGGGCUCCAGGGGGUAAACCGGUAAAGCUUCUUUGAAUCGUGGUUUUUAUGACUGUUCACUUUCCAACAUGACUUUGUUGUAAAUUACAUGCACGGGAAAAUUAGGUUAUACGCAUAGUGGUCUUCCCCCUUUAUUCACAAACAAAUUAGACUCACAUAAUUUUGCUGUCCCAAAUGACAUUUGUAUUAGACACCGUCCAUUUUAUACAAGUGAUCUAUAGAGUUGCAAUUUAUCUGGAA